UGUAGCUUUCGUAACCCAAUUGCUGACUGCACGCGGAUUGGGAAAGUGAGUCGUGAGCGCAGCUGGAUGAUUUAAAGAACCGUUGCAAUAUAGUCGAUAACAAGAGCUUUGGCAAAAAUAACACUUCUGCUCAGGAUCUUCACCUGAAGAUCUAUCCACGCAAGUGUUCAAAGGGCAGCGUUAUCUGUCGGAAUAAAUCAGAAGUUUUCGCCUUUUUUUGUACAACUCGGUUGUUCUUUCCAUCGCCAUGUCCUCCGGUGAUGUGUCAGAGCAGUGUCGGCGGUUUUGCGUGUUAUCUUGGGAGCAGGUACAACGUUUGGACUCUAUUCUUGGCGAGACGGUUCCCGUUCACGGACGUGGAAACUUCCCGACUCUUUCGGUACAGCCACGACAGAUUGUUCAGGUGGUUCGAGCACGUUUGGAGGAGCGAGGCAUCACCGUUCGGGACGUGAGGUUGAACGGCUCAGCUGCCAGUCACGUUCUGCACCAGGACACUGGGCUUGGGUACAAGGAUUUGGACCUGAUAUUUGGAGUUUCACUGUCUGACGAUCAAGCCUUCCGCGUGGUUAAAGACGUGGUUCUCGACAGCCUGCUGGACUUCCUACCAGAAGGUGUCAGCAAGGAGAGGAUCUCACCACUUACUUUGAAAGAGGCCUACGUGCAAAAGCUGGUGAAGGUCUGCAACGACACGGACCGCUGGAGUCUCAUCUCACUCUCCAACAACACCGGGAAGAACGUGGAGCUCAAGUUCGUGGACUCUCUGAGGCGCCAGUUCGAGUUCAGCGUAGACUCUUUUCAGAUCGUUUUGGACUCUCUGCUUCUGUUUGACCGUUGUUCAGAGACACCCAUGUCCGAGUGCUUCCACCCGACGGUGUUGGGAGAAAGCAUGUACGGGGACUUCGAAGAAGCUCUCGGCCAUAUGUGCAACAAGAUCAUCGCCACGCGAAACCCGGAGGAGAUCCGUGGAGGCGGACUUUUAAAAUAUUGCCACCUGCUGGUGCGAGGGUUUCAGGCCACCUCCGAAUCGGAGAUGAAAUUGCUCCAGCGGUACAUGUGCUCUCGGUUCUUCAUUGACUUUCCAGACAUAGUCGAACAGCAGAGAAAGCUGGAGGCUUAUCUGCAGAAUCACUUUGCCGGAAUGGAACACAAACGUUAAGACUGUCUGGUCACGUUGCACCACGUGGUCAACGAAAGUACGGUGUGCUUAAUGGGACACGAAAGGCGGCAAACGUUGAAUCUUAUCUCGAUGCUAGCGCUUAGGGUGCUGGCUGAACAAAACGCCAUCCCUACGGUCACCAACGUCACGUGCUAUUACCAGCCGGCCCCUUACGUGCGAGACAUCAACUUCAGUAACUACUACAUAGCUCGUGUGCAGCCGCUGGUGCACACCUGCAGUAAUUCCUACCCAACGUGGCUGCCCUGUAACUGACCCAGAGAUCCUCUGUUAGAGAGAGAUACACAUCAACUUCCCAUGUGGUGAAGUCGAUAUGCAAGCAAGUGAAUACCAUCGGGCGCCACUAGGCUUUCUGGGCCCCCGGCUAAUUUGUACUUGGGCCCCAAGGUCCCACCCCUAAAUUGUCUUAUUUUGUGCUGGGCCCCUGUGUGACCACGGCCCUUAGAAUCAUCUUAAUCCUCCCCCUUUCAUGGCGCCCAUGAAUACCAUACAUGAAGUCAAUGUUUAAAAAACUUUUUGGUACAGAAGUUUUUGAAACGAUGGCGAAAUUUCUAAAUGUGACGUGUAUUGAAUGACUGUUCACUGCUGUAUGUCUGAUUUGAGCCGAUCCUUACAAUCGUAACUUGUGUUGCAAAGCGUAUAAGGGUUUUUCAAUCUCUUUUCACAUGUAGCAGAAAUAUUGUCUUGGGAUUGAACGUUUUCUUUUCUUAAAUGCAUCAUAGCUUCGGUCAAAGGCUCAGUGGAUGUGAAAAUGGGAAGAGAAGAAUGCGUUCUGGGGGAAAGUCGUUGUGAACCUAAAUAUGUAUUCUCUUUUUUUUGCCAGACUGUGGUUUCAAUCAACCUCUGUUUUGCUUCUUGGUUGUUUAAAGGACCAAAGAUAUUUUAUUUUUGUCAUUCAGAAAGGAAUGUUUGCUGUUGUAAUUCCAAGUGCCUAAAAACAUUGUACAAAAAAUUGAGACCUGUGUUCUCUACGCAAGAUUUUUUUCUGUCUCCUAGUUGAUUGUAAAUCUCUAUUUUCAGGGAUGGAGGCAUAUGUAUUUCCAUGUGAUUAAAAAAAGCACAAAACU